AUUCCGCAGCACAUGAGCUCCUGUUGGCUCCCUUUUUGUUCUACUGUCAUCGCACACCAUCAUGCACUAUACUCCAUAGUGGCAGAAGGGCGCUUUUCCGGGAUCAGGUCCUGAGAUCGGAACACUACUAUGGAUAGCUGAGGCGCUCACUCGGCAUUGCAUUCAUUUCCUGUGCAAGAAGAGGAAGAAGACAACGAAGAAGAAGAGCUCUCGCAAGAAGCUCAACCACAGCUGGUGACGAGGAAACGUCCGUGGAUCAGAAUCUAAGCCUAAGGCAUCACAAUUAGCCACCAAAAAUGGCCAAGGUGUUGAUCAGUGUUCUGCUCAUGGGGAGCGCAUUGGUGCUCUUCACUGAUGCCUCUGACCAUCAGUGGAAUUCUCCAAAGCAAGGAUAUUAUAGGCAUGAAUCUGUCCAUGCGAACACUGAGGACCUUCGUUGCCCAGUGGGCAUGUACCUAUCAGUUCCCCCUGUGUCCUACCUUCCAGAAGGACCAGGUAGCCAGAAAACUCUUUCCGAAGCAAAGGGCAUUUGCCAAGCGCUACACAUGACUUUACCACCAAGGAGUGCUGCUCACUGCUUGUGGGACUUUGCCUUCCACAGCACUGUUGGACAUAUUUAUAUUGGCUAUGAAGGUGUGUGGACAGACCACUGGAAAAGCACGUCUCAUGAUGCUAAUUACAAAGUAAAGUUAAGGGGUGGUGGUGAUGUGGAUCGUGAACGUGGAAGUGUAAUCUGCUAUGCUCACACGUGCAAUGUUCCAACAUUGGCUCAUGGUAGGCAGAGCAAUACUGAGUCAGUAAUCCAGCCUUGGAUGACUGUGGCAUACAGAUGUAAUGUUGGAUAUUGGAUGAACGGACCUGCUACAGUGACCUGUACUGCCAAUGGUUUAAGUGGACACACUUCAUGUUUUGGAUAUUAUAGGAGUGAAACUCGCCGUGCGAACGGUGACCUUCGUUGCCCAGUGGGCAUGUACCUAUCAGUUCCCCCUAUGUCCUACCUUCCAGAAGGACCAGGUAGCCAGAAAACUCUUUCCGAAGCAAAGGGCAUUUGCCAAGCGCUACACAUGACUUUACCACCAAGGAGUGCUGCUCACUGCUUGUGGGACUUUGCCUUCCACAGCACUGUUGGAAAUAUUGAUAUUGGCUAUGAAGGUGUGUGGACAGACCACUGGAAAAGCAUGUCUCAUGAUGCUAAUUACAAAGUAAAGUUAAGGGGUGGUGGUGAUGUGGAUCGUGAACGUGGAAGUGUAAUCUGCUAUGUUCACGCGUGCAAUGUGCCAAAAUUGACUGAUGGUAGGCAGAACAAUACUGAGUCAGUAAUCCGGCAUGGGACGACUGUAGCAUACACAUGUGAUGUUGGAUAUAAGAUGUAUGGACCUGCUACAGUGACCUGCACUGCCAAUGGUUUAAGUGACAACACUUCCUGUAAAGGGUUAUGUCAAAUGCCACGGUGUACUUCUCGACGCGACAAGACCCAGUCAGCACUAUCUGUCGCAGACAUCGACUUCUUUGGGUGUGCCAUGUCGUCCGUGAAGGGCCUGACUCAGGGUCUUAGCAAGCACUAG